CUCAUUUUUGGCCGGAGGUCUGUGUGGAAUUUCUUGGACUAUCGCCAGAUUAACCCAAACAGCAAGGCGUUCUACGAGGGUCUGCAAGUGGACGACACAAUUGUGGCCAUCAAUGGCCAACAGAUUCACGGAUUAAAUCACAACGAGGUCCAAGCACUCAUCAAGAACGCCACCACAGGAGCCUUAACUCUUUUACUGCAAAGAGAUACCCACACAGUCAACGGGCACGUUAAUGGUGCGCUGCCCCACCCCAAGGGGAUCCAAGGCCCAGGCAGCUCCUUUGGAUCAACAGACUCCCUGCCCGGGGCGAACAUGAACGGCCACUGGACAGGUAGUAGCGGCAUGGCUGCAUGGUCCCCCCCUGCAGGCCACGACAACAACAACAACACCCACACCAUCUUCAACAGCUACCCGUCCCCAUCAUCCCAUCAUGGUAGUCAGUCUAGCUCCGGUCACUCGUUCAGCUCAGACCCCACCAGAGACGUGCAUCCCGUUGAAGGGCAGGUAACCCAACCUCCACCAGAGUUCGGCCAGCAGUACACCAGGCGAGGAAGUGCAGGGGUACCAGAGAGAGCUCUGGCAGCCUCCGCGGGCAGCAAAAGUUUGCAAGGCUCCCCCACCGUCCACGAGAAACACUUCCCCCCACCCUGGCAAGCCGGGCACACACACCAGGGGCAGACAACCCAGGGGCGCACACACCAGGGGCAGACAACCCAGGAUGGACACGUUAGCAAGGGAGCUAAGCCAUGGAGCUCGCCAGCUCGUAGCAUUAGUGUAGAUACAGGUUCCCGUAGGAUCCCGAUCCCCGUCCACCAUGCUGAACCCAGCAACCCUGCCCCUAGCAACAGCAUAGCCCAGCAUCCUUCCCCUAGCAACAGCAUAGCCCAGCAUCCUGUCCCUAGCAACAGCGUACCACCACAGCGUACUCGGCGCUUCAGUCAGGAAGACAACUCUUCCAACACUGGGCCGGGGCCUGCUCAACUUUCGAGCUCAUGGCAGACAACUCCAGGUAGUUACUUCCCUUAUGACCAAAAUAAGGGAAGAGAAUUCAUACCCGGGACAUACGCUACGCUUCCUACCAAAGGGAGCAAACACAGAGGUCAGCAUGAGUUUUUCGAACAAGAACCUCCGAGAAGUGACUUUGACUUGAGUAACACGUACUCUACUUUACCUACCAUCAAACCACUCAAGUCCAGCCUCACUCACCAGUCGUUUAGCGACCACCGCGCAGACGACACUCCACAGCUGAAGUCGAGCCAGAGCUACGACUUCAGCAGACGUGACCUGGAGCACACCCUCGACUACAAGGACUACACCAAGCCCCUGUGGGCCAACACAGACCUGGACAGCCUCCAGCAGUCGUCCAUUAGCAGCCAGGAUGACGGGCACUCCCCGCACUCGGACAACGCCGUGUCCAGUUCGGACUCUAGGGACACGAUCAUAGCCAAAGACGAGAAAUCAUCAGCCGAGUCCCUGCCUUUAGACAUUCAGCAGGACAUGAGGUCACAAGACAAGCCCGCGCUGCCGGUCAAACCUUUUAAAACACCCGGGAAAAUGAUUCCCAUCCCUGUUGUCCACGAACAGCCGUCCAAGCCUGCACCGUCCAUCAAAUCACCAACUGCAACUUCCUCGUUCUUUUCUCCAGGUUUCCAAGAUGACCAGAGCUCAUCCCCACACACCAAGACUAGUCAACCGUACCCGUACUCAGAUAAAACUAAUGAAUACCGCCCCAACGGGUCAAUAUCUGAUGAAUUCCGUAGUUUAGGAUACCCACAGAAAUCAGAUUCUUGGGAAAGUCAGACUCUACCCCUGAGGUCAUCAACUGACCACCAGAGGUCAUCAACGGACGAUCAAGAAUCCCUGAAAAAUAUUGCGCCAGUCUGGAAACCUGGGGGUACCAGCACACUUGGCAUCAAAAAAGAAUAUCGCCCAGUUAGACUGGACACCACCAAAAAGCCACUAAAACAAAACACCACAGCUCAGGGUCCACCUCCUGACGAAUCAUUUGCCUGGAAACCACCUCCUAGAACAGAGUCCACCAACUCUCUACCCAGUUACUCCCCCUUGGAUACAUCAUCAAACUUCAAGCAGACGUCGACCUUUGAACCCACAGACAGCAGACACAUGAAUGGCGACAGUGGAGGGGAUGAGACCAGGCUUCCUCCCACUCAAAGCCCGUACAUAACACUACUCCAGAAAAGCCGAGAGCUUAAAUUAUUGGAAGAAUCAAAGCUAAAGGAUACAGAAGACACCCCAGAUUUCAAUGGUAUGAAAUUUGUGGGUAAACCAAUCAUUGUUAAUGAUGAUGGCCAGCUGCCCAAGGGCGCUCAGUAUAUUGGCAGCAAGCACAUCUCUGAUGGAGACAAGAGCACAGUGGAGACCUACUACACCACCCCAUCAGAGCAGCCCACCUCCACGACCAAGGUGGUCACAGAGGUCAAGCCUGUCAAGUAUGAUGGGAUUGGGCCAGUGGAUAAAGAAGGUGUCCCACUUGGCUUCAGAAAGAACGUGGACGAAGAGAAACAAAAAGACUGGUACAAGCAGAUGUACAGGAGCCUGCACAAGACAGAGAAGAAAGAAGAUCAUCUUGGCAUUAAUGCUAUGAUAGACUCCAUUUUCGAGGACGCAGUGAAACAACUUGAAACCAACUCAUACAGGCCAACCUACCAGUUUCCUGAUGAUAUAUCUGACACCAAGUCAGAGGAGGGCUUGGAUGAGAAACCCUACCGGCCCAGUUAUGGGAAAACUAAAUCUAAAGUUGAUGAGUCAGGCUACAGGUCUGAACCUGAGGGCAGAUACAAAGAUUUGAUGAAACAUCGCAGCAAGAGCACAUCAGAGUCCAGGGAGCCUAGAAGGAACUCACUACCACACCAGGACAGUCCGUGGGCGCCAUCUAACGUCAGAUCCAAGAUAGAGGUCUACAGAUGUCAGCCGCGUAGUAUCAUGGACUACGAGCCUGGGUUCUCAUCCAUUGCCUUCAGGGAGCAAAGAUCGCGCUAUAGACCACGGUCAAAGUCUGUCUCAACCACGAAAGAUAAGAAGCCACACAAUCCACGGAUCGACAAGCCAGGGGACUUCAGUCAAUAUUCUGAGAACUACAAGGGGACAGCAUCCGAGCGGGCGUCCAGCUAUGAUGAAACUGACAACAUCCCUGCCUCCGACAAGUACAAGAAGAUCGUCCAUGGAGGGGAGAUACCCAUCCGGGGCCUCCAGAAACCUGCCCCUGAGAAAACAAAAAAAAAUGACCAACAGCAACCUCCAGGCCUACCUCCCCCUCCCUCAGACGCCUCCACCCAAGCCUACUCCAUCUCCUCCCACUUGUCAGCCUCCCAACCCUCCCUCAAAUCCCCCCUGAAGUCCCCUUCCACUCUAGACAGAAAAACUGACAAGAUUCUUGUCGGAGGGCACAGUUCUCCCAAAGAAAAAACAACCUACAGCUCCAAUUCAGCACUGCAGUCCCCGCCAACCAACAACAGCUCAUGGAGCACCAACACCUCCCAGAAGUUUCCUAGAGCAUCAGCCAGUAAAGACAAUCUGAGAACCAGCAGUUCAGGUCAAACUAAAGACAGCCAGUUCUCUCGUUAUGCAAGUACACCCUCUCUGGUGGACAGCAAGCAGAAUCUCUCACCCCCUCUAACUUACGCAGGGGCUAAAGGGUUAAUUGGAAGCUAUGAAAAUCUUUACGGUGGCGCUAAAAGCUCAGACCAACCCCAGGUGCCGUCACCCCCUAAGAGACAGACUCGAGCUAAUGGAACUUCAAUGUUGGAGAGCUGGCGCCAGCCCAGCCGUGUGUCUGCUGCUGAGCAGCUUGGCGUCAAAUCGCCACCCCCAAGCUCCGCACCUAAAGAUUUUCGACAUCAAACUUCAGACGUCAUUCGUAAAAGUCUACCAGUUGAUGAGAAAGAGAAGAAAAGGAAAGAGGAAGAUGAAGCUUAUAGGAAGAAGAGACUGGAGGAGCUUUAUGAGGAGGAGAGAAAGAAACGGGUGCAGCUUGAUGCUGAGAAGGAAUCUGCUAGACGACAUCACGACUUUUUCACGCCAAGUCAAAAAUCCCCCAUUUCACCCAACCGCUUUGAGGAGGUGCCAGACCAGAGGCGGCAGACGCUGUCACCAGCCCAGCAGCGCUCACCCAACCUACAGACCAGCAAACUUACAACCACACUCAGUGUUCCCCCUGAGAGGCGACGAGGGUUCCAGAUACAGGGCAAGGCCAAGGCCCUCUACAACUUUACUGCCCAGAACCCAAGGGAACUCUCCUUCAGAAAAGGGGAUGUGUUGUACCUACUGAGGCAGAUUGACAAAAACUGGUUUGAAGGAGAACACCACGGCCAGGCAGGCAUUUUCCCUGCCAACUAUGUAGAGGUCAUUACGUCAAUUGAAGCAGCAAGAGUAGCUGCCCUUGAUGCUGAAGGUCAAGGUAGAGCUAAAUAUAACUUUACUGGACAGUCAAGUGUGGAGUUAUCACUGAGAAAGGGUGAAUUUGUUACACUGCUGCGGAGGGUAGAUGACAACUGGCUAGAGGGAAAGGUCGGAGGUCGUCAAGGCAUAUUUCCUCUCAGCUAUGUUGAGAUCAUUAGAGAACCCUCAACCCCUCUCAUCACCCCUGCUCCUUCUGUUAUAACCACACCUAUGACAGGAACACCAGAAAUGCUCUCACCUGUCAGUAUAGAGGCACCCACCCCGCCCCCUCAACCAUCCCCCAGCGCAUUUUCAUUGCGCUCCCCAGGAAUGCAAGCAACAUACGGCUACAAGCCUCAACCGGCCAUCAACAGGUUUCAGUACGACUCCCAGUCCCCAGCUGACCUUAAGUCACCCCACGAGUUCACGGUAUAUGGCCAGAAGGGGGUUCUGAGCCCACCAAGUAGCCGCAGGGGGCCACAAGACAGGCCCAGGCCAUCAGACACCAGCGCUGUGUUCCCCAGUGUCAACCUGGACAUCUCCACCAGCAGCUCCGCCUUGGGAAAACCUCGAGCUAACAAAGUAGCGGAUGAUGACCUAACAUUACAAAGACAUCGAGCUAUCUAUGCAUACAGACCUAUGAGUGAAGACGAGCUGGAGCUAAAGGAGGGAGAUGAGGUGUUUGUGAUGGAGAAAUGUGAUGAUGGCUGGUUUGUGGGGACCUCAGCCAGGACAGGCCAGUUUGGAACCUUCCCUGGCAACUAUGUGCAAAAAUAUUAGGCUGAUUUCUUGCAACCAAUAAAGAGCAGAAAUAUGACCUAAAUAAAAAAGUGACUUCACGAUACAAUCUCAUCUUCCGUCCAACAGUUGCUGCACUAGCUAACUUGGAUGUGGUUUCUCGGAGUUCAUUAGACGUACUCCAGGAUGAGAUAACUCUUAAAUAAUUUGGACUUAAACAAAGAUUCACCUUACUUUGACAGACAAUAAUGUCAUAUCUUUUUAAAUGGCAGAAAAAAAAAUUCUGUCUGCAGGUUACAUAUGCAGAAAUAUGUAUUGCAACUUUAGUAGUAAGGGGAGAGAAUUGUGUUUUUAUCCCGGUAUGUAGGAGUGUUAAACCUUCACUGUUUGAUAAAACAUGGUGGAAUGUGUUUUAGCACAGACAUUUGAUAGAGAUGAGGACAGCUAAAAAGGAUGAAGUAGCAAAACUAAAGCAAUAUGAUGUUUCAACUCAAAUCAUUCAACGCAAAACUAUCUGUGUUUUUUUAUUUACUGCAAUGCUAAAAACUGAUGAUCUACCCUAGGAAACUAGAGAAGGCUAAAUUGAGUUGUGAAAUUUUACUUUGUGAAAUUCAAGCAGAAAAAAUGUCAGCUGAGUUCAAAGGUCAUGUCAAAGAAGAAUUCUGAAAUUAUAUAAAAAAAAGAAUUUGAAGAAAGCGAAACAAACUUGUAGGAAGAGGUAAAAUUGAGGGUGCUGCAACUUGCUUGAAGUGUAGUGUCAUAAGCAUAGCGGUGAUACCUUUAACAAUAUUUUAACACAUUUUUAUAUCAAUUUUAUAACAUGAAAUUUUAUCAUGAUGCUAACAUUGCUUGCAAUUUGUUCAAGUAAAUUAUUUUUAUCAUUUAAAUGGAGAUAACGAGUUUUUAAUUUCUUGAACUACUAAAACAAUUUUUAAUUUAAUUCGGAUGCACAUUCACAGAGUACUGUGGCCAUGAUUAGCAUAAUUUAUUCUUGUUUGAAUUAGUCCACCUCUAGCAAGUGAGUGUGUGUGUUCUGGUUUGAACUGGUGUAGCUUUAUCUCUGCUGGCAUGGUUCAAAGUUUGUACAGGAAAAGCCAGAGAACAAAACUGUAGAGUUCAAAGGUUGUUUUAUUUAACUGCAUGAGCCUAGUGUAAGAAAGUCAAUUGUAUUGUUGUGUAUAUAGCCAUGAAUCUCAGUACCCCACGAUCACUCUCUUGGUAGGCUGUAAACACAGCUUUUAUUUCAUUUUUUCACAAAAAUAGAGCACUUGAAAGUUUAUUUCAAU